AUGCCACCGCAAGGCCUACCUCUUAUCUACGGUGGUCUCGCUGCUGGGGCUGCAAUAAUCUCCUACUACUUCUUCUGGCCUGAUGCUCCACGAGGAGCACCGACGUACACCAAUGCGCUCCUAUCUCCGACUCACUUCAUUCCUGCUACGCUCACUGAAAGCAAACUCUGUGCCGACUCGGACUUCCGCCUGAUGACGUUGGCUGUGCCAUCGCAAUGCAUACAGUCACUAGAGCAGACCACAUUUGCUCCGAUCUGGUCCAUCUACGUCAAAGAUGACGAUAUACAGGUCGAGAGACCCUACACGCCCCUCACUGGAAUAGAUGAGGAGGGGAAAAUGCGGUUAUGGAUCAAGAGAUAUGCAAAGGGUGAAGUUGGUCGGUGGCUGCAUUCAAAGCAAGUCGGAGAUAAGAUCGAGAUACGAGGACCGGUGAAGACGUGGAUAUGGAAAGACGAAACAUGGGACGAGGUUGUCAUGAUCUCUGGAGGCACCGGUGUUACCCCAUUCUACCAGUUGCUGCAUGCAAUGAUGCUGAAGAAUCCAGCGCAAGCCUCGAAGACAAAGUUCACUCUUCUGCACUCCUCGCCAAACCCCAUUGAAUUGCCACCGCCGGACAUGCUCGAGCCCUUACUUUUGGCAGCUCAAAAGCACUCGGAUCGUCUUAAAGUUGGUCUGUUCGUCGAUUCGCUAGACGGUCCAGAACAUCCCCUUGUUUCAUCGUCGAAUCUCCAUUUGGGGAGAAUUGAAAAGACCGCUGUCGAACAAGCUGUCUAUGGAGAACCAAAAACACAAAGCUGGUGGCCAUUCUUUUUCCGUUCUGAUUCCAAGCGGGCGUCCGACAAGGACGUGGAUAGGAAAAUCCUUUUCCUAGUUUGCGGGCCGGAGCCCAUGAUCUCCUCCAUAGCUGGUCCGUAUGGGAAGAACUUUUCACAGGGCACAGUAGGCGGAGUACUUGGUUCGUUGGGCUUUAGACGGGAUCAAGUGUGGAAGCUGUGA